CCCCUAGAAAAAAGACGAAGCAAAACCUUUGUCACGUGAUGCGCGGCAGAUUUUAAAAAUACAGAUUGGAUGGAAGCAUUUCUUCCGAAAUGUUUAGACUAUUAUUAAAGUAAUAGUUUUCAACCAAUCGUUUCACAGUAUUCUCUCUGUGUUUAAAAAUGGCCAACUCAAAUAUAUCACUGACUUCACUGCAGCAACGAAUUACGCAACUGAAAGCACAUAGCACUGCAAAUCUAACAGCAGAAAUGACAGAUUACACCAGUGAUAGGGAUUGGCUCGCUAAGAUCUUGGAAGAUGGGAACCAACCAGAAGAUUGGUUGGAGUACCUCAAAGCAAUUGAGAAACGAGGAAACAAUGAUGCAUCAAGUUUGAACAUCAUGUAUAACAAAGCCAUUCAUGAUAUUCCUGUGCACAAACACAAGAAGAACGAUAAUUACGCAACGAUCCUGAUCAACUCAGCAAGGUUACGAGCGAGUCAAGAUGUGGAUGAAGCGAGGACAUUAUUUAAAUUCGCGAGGGCUAACGUCAGAUUCCUGGCCAGAAUUCAUGUGGCUGCUGCACAGCUGGAACAUGACAUUGGUAAUAUAUCAAAGUCGAUGAGUGUGUUACGCAAGGGUAUUGAGGUUGGUGCCUGGCCAAGUGAACUGCUGCAUACUGCACUGGAUCGACUGAAAGCCGGUGAGAAGGUACUGAACCCCGAAGACAAUGGCCUUAUCGUCUCAGGGAUGUCAACGACAAAGGAACAUGAACAAAAGACAACAGCAACAUCACAAGUUAGUGAGCCAUCAAGAACAACAACGAAUGCCACACAGGAGCAUGGUGAAGAAAGCAGCAACAGUGUCAGUUAUUUACAGGUGGAUAACACUGUCAGUUUCAAAAAAAGGCAAAGGAAUCCUAGUGAUAGUGGAGCAGACGACACAGACAACACAUUGUGGCUCAACAGACAAACACAUCUAUCACAGAGUGCUACGAAACACACCCGCAUCACACCGUUAUCCAAGCCACCAUUAACGAGCGCAAGCACUGUGGGUAAACGCAAAAUGAGGGCAUUAGGUGCUCCAAUGAGAAUUAAGAGAGAGUUGGUUUUACCAGAUCUUCAAGAGGAUGUUAAAGAUCCAAACAAGCAUUUUUUGCAUGGCAUUGCUCCCUUGAAUGAUGUGCCCUUGCGUUCAGAUUGUAGCGAUGUCACAGACACCUCACUUCACAACACGCUGCCGUCUCUGACAUUCAGUAUGCUGGGUAAAUCUGAGGUAGAGAAUAAUACAGCAAAUCAGCGGAAAAAGACAACUACUUGUAAAUUAUUUCCAAGCCCUAACAAGAAUGUGGCUGAUAAUCAUCAAGUACCAGAGAUGUCACUGGGACAUACACGGAUGACAAGCGAGUUGCAAAAGCCUUCUGAACCAGUUUCUAAUGUUAGUCCCCCAGGAAUCGGAUCAUUACCACAUCAUUCUGAUGCUAGGAAAGCUCAAAGUACCACUGUAGCUCUGGCUAUGACUCCAGACUUGAACCCUGUUCCUCCUCCUACCCACGCUGCUCUAGUUAUCAGUCCACCCCCAGUUUCAUCUAUAACCUCAACUAUGGUUGCCCCUGCUCUUGCCCCAGUCAUUACCCCAGCACCAGUUAUUUCCCCUCCUCCAGUAGUUAUUGCAGCUCCAGUCCCAGCCCCUGCUGUUGUUCCUACUCCUGUAGUACAAAGCACCCCUCAACCACAAAUCACUCAACCUCCAAUGCAAGCGGAUCAGAGUAAAAACAUGAUUUAUGUGAAUAAUAAGCAAUACACAAUACUGAAACUUAUAGGCAAGGGAGGCUCAUCGAAGGUAUAUCAAGUAUACAGUGCUGACGUGAAGAAUGUUUUGGCCAUCAAACGUGUUGAUCUUGAACUAGCUGAUGACCUCACUAAACAGGGCUAUAUUAAUGAGAUCACUUUACUGACAAGACUUCAGAAGAAAACAGAAAAGAUUAUCAAACUGUAUGACUUUCAAAUAACAGAUUCACUUAUUGUGAUGGUGAUGGAAUGUGGUAGUAUUGACUUGUCAACAUUCUUACGCCGAAAUAAAAAUAUCAGGGAGGACAAGAUCAGAUUCUACUGGCACGAGAUGCUGGAAGCUGUCCAUGUUAUUCAUCAAGAAGGUAUUGUACACAGUGAUCUGAAGCCAGCAAAUUUCCUAUUUGUGGAGGCUACACUGAAGCUGAUUGACUUUGGGAUUGCAAAUGCCAUACAGGUGGACCAGACCAGCGUGUUGAGAGAUCAGCAGAUUGGCACCCUUAAUUACAUGUCCCCUGAGGCCAUUCAGGACACAUCGCCCACUCCUGCAAUGGAUUCAUCUGGUCGAAGAAAACCAAGAUUAAAGAUAAAUUGCCAAAGUGAUGUUUGGUCAUUAGGCUGCAUUCUUUACUACAUGGUAUAUGGCAAGACUCCAUUCCAACACAUCACAAAUGGUUUGAUGAAGCUACAUGCUAUUAUUGACCCCAGUCAUGAAAUCAACUUCCCAGCAAUUAGCAAUAAAGACCUUUAUGAUGUCCUUCAGAAAUGUCUGAUUCGUAACCCAAAAGAACGUCCGUCCAUCGAGACACUUCUGAAGCACCCGUUCCUAAGGAACAAGACACAAGAUGAAUUGGCAAGUUCAACGAACUCUGGUAUGUGUGACUUUAGCGCAAGUCAACUGCAGGCUCUGAUAAGUCAGCUUUCAUCAGUCCGGGUGCAUUCGCCAAAAAGUUUGAGUGCAAUAUCAAAGGCAAAGGGUUUGAUCGAACAGCUUACAAAAAAAAGUGGCAUUUCUGACACACCUGCAGAGUUAGAACAAGCAAUUUCUGGUAGUCAUCCCGCUUCCUUGCCAGUAAUAGAAACAGCGCCCUCGAUGUCAGCUGGCGUUUUUCCGUUGUCUCAACCUCCAAUGAAACAGGCAAAGAUGUCUGCUAGACAGCCUCUCCAAUCAGUCAACAUGGUGGAUGUUCAGAAAGUCCAGACCAACUUGAAAUCAGGAACAUCGACAUCCAGUGCAGGACUCAAACACAGACAUGAAAUAAACGAUAAGGAGAAUCUUGGCAUGAGAGAAAGUAUGGUUAAUAGUCAAUGACGGACUGAUGAUUGCAACUUACAUUCUAAGUAGCAGUUGGAUAGCUGUUGCUUCUUCAACAACAUUGUGAUGGUCUUUUACUGAGGUGGUCUGUGAUGGCAUUGUACAAAAAAUUAUAUUGUAAUUUGUGUGUUUUUUAAUCACUCUGGAAGUAGCAGUCUAGAUUAGUUUUAGCUUUGUCCUCAGUUGUAGGUCUAAAGCCCUAUCCAGGAAAACAUGUGACAUGCCUAAAUAAGGUCAUGAUGACAUCACACCAUGACCAUAUAUAGGCACAUCAUGACUAUAUAUAGGCAUACAACAGUUUUUUGGUAACCUGCAUGGCGUUUUAGUUUUGGGUAUCACCUCAGUUGUAGAAUAAGAUAGUCCUGACAUUUGCACCAAAAAUUUGUUUGUGCAUUCUAUUUUAUAUUUACUUUCACUUACCCUUUUCAAAUUUGAUUAUGCAGAUACAGAUUUUAAUGCUUAAGUUUUAUAAUAUACAGUAAUCAUGAAACAUACUUUUCCGGUUUUUUUUCUGCAAAACAGUAUCAUUAUCUUUUCUUUAUAAGUAAAUAAUAAUAAUACAUUUUAUCUUUGGUUUCAGUAAGAAAUGUUAUUUCAAGCACUUUCUUUUUGUCGCAGUUAAGACAUCAUUAUUAGAAAAUUUCAUCAAGCAAGUUAUAUAAUAAUAAAAUAAUAUCCAUAGUUAAAAUAGUUUUUUGAGAAUAAACAAACAUAAAUAAAUAUACAUUAUUCCAUAGAUUAAUAAUUGGUGAAUGCUGGUGACAAUGAACAUAAUAUAAUUAAUAUAAUUAAUCGUUUACAUGGAUUAGCCGUAGUAGCUGUAGGCUAUUAUGGCUUUGUAUAUAUUUACAUACAGUAAACAAACAAUGAAAUAGGUUUUUGUCAAACCGGUUUUUGCAUGUGUACUCCCCGACAGCUUGACAUUCCUGUGCUAUAUUUUCUAGGUACAUUUUUAAAUGACCAAGGCAGGUUUCGCCCUUCAGAAAGGUUUUAUUUCAUCCUUUAAUGAGAUGUUUAGAAAGGGUAAUACGGAAUGGCAUAUCAGCCAGUAAAGGGCCAGUGGGAAGAAGGGUCUUGCUACUUUCCUAAUUAGCAUGAACAUUCGCUACUUAAUUGUGUACACCAUUGUCUGGUACCGUAGGCAAAGAACUAAUAGGCCGACUAGCCCAAGAUAGUUUUAUCAGUGGCGUAUCUAGGGUUAUUGAAAUGAGGGAUGCAAAGGUGAAGUUGGGAGCUCGAUGAUAAAGUGAGGCGGUACUAUGUGGCAAAAUAAGGUGGUAUUAGGUGAUUUUUAACUACUAUAACAUAAUUGCUUUGCUUCAAAAAAUUCCAGUUGGGUGGGGAAAGGAGGUGCACAAGCUUAUUUUGGGAGCCCAUUGCACCCACCAGAUACGCCACUGACUUUCUUUUGUGAGAGGUGGGUAUGAAUUCCAUCCUAAGACAGUCUAGAUCAUUCAAAUCUACACAAAUAAGGCCAGUCCCUUAUUGUGACGUACGUACGACAAUCAGCUGACAAAACAUUCUCUUUUCCCUCUUUGAGCACUUGACAACAUAACACCGUAUGUUGAUUGUUGAUAGCAGACUAAGCGAAUUGUCAUAAAAACGAUUUUUUCCGCCCCUUUCUAAGUGUUGCAUUCACCACAGAGUUGUGUCGAGGCAGUGUUUGUGGGCAUCCGAUAUGACUAAUGGUGGAACUAUAGACGCAUUUGUACAAACGAGAAUAACAAGCCAACAAGGUAUACACGCGCAUUCCGGUCUGACUUAAACUUGUGAUUGCAUCGUAUGUGACGCAAAUGUAUCCACUAACUACUGUACUAGGUAUGUUGACAGUAGUUAGUAAUCUGUAUAAUUUUGUACAUAAUAUGCAUUGUUGUAAUGUGAAUAAAAGCCGAAUAUAUAACGAC